AUGGUUUCCUCACUUCAUAGGCUGCUGCGGCAAGUUUCACCCAAAUUUCAUAUAACUACUCCGAUAUUCUAUCCAAAUGCCAAACCGCAUCUAGGUCAUCUUUAUUCGUCCCUUCUCUGUGAUGUGCAGGCUAGAUGGAAUAAGAUGAAACGAGAAGAUGUUCUAUUUACAACUGGUACUGACGAGCAUGGUUUGAAAAUACAACUUGAGAGUGAAAAAAGAGGGUUCAAAGAUCCAAAUAUGUUUGUAGAUGAACUAUACCCACAUUUUGUUGUUUUGAACAGGCUUGCGAACAUUCAGCAUACCAGAUUCAUCCGAACAACAGACAGUGAUCAUAUUGCAAACGUGAGGAAAUUAUGGAACUUGUGUAAUGACAAAGGUUACAUAUACAAGAGCAAACAUUGUGGCUGGUAUUCUGUUUCUGACGAAACAUUCUAUCCUGGCAGUAAAGUCGUUAAGUUAAUCAAUGGUGAAGAGAUACCUCUUAGUGGAGAUAAUUCUGAAUUUGAUACUGCAAUCGAUUACAUCAAUACCGAAACCCGUAACAAAGUAAUUUACCAACAUGAAACUAAUUACUUUUUUAAGCUGUCCUCUUUAAAAGAUGCUUUGAUUGAUUUGCUAAUGGAAAAUCCAGGUUUUAUCUUUCCUGCAUCAAAGCAUAAGCAGGUACUGUCAUCCUUGAAAAACGAUCCAUUGCCUGAUCUAUCGAUAUCAAGACCGUCAUCACGUUUGCAGUGGGGUAUUCCAGUCCCACAUGAUGAAAGCCAAUGUAUAUACGUAUGGUUUGAUGCUUUAUGCAAUUAUGUUAGUUCAAUUGGCGGCGUAGAUGCACUGUUAAGUAACCAACCUAUCGGUCACCUAAAGCAUGAUAUCGAAUUUCAACAUAAGGGCGCUACUAAAGAAAUAUGGACAAAUACCACACAUCUUGUUGGCAAGGAUAUUAUUAAAUUUCACACUGUAUAUUGGCCAGCUAUUUUAUUAGCCGCUGGUCUCCCAUUACCAAACAGGGUGGUUGUUCAUGGGCAUUGGCUAUCACAAGGUGUAAAAAUGUCGAAGAGUCUGGGGAAUGUAGUUGAUCCACUGGAAAUGAUUAAAGUUUAUGAAGCUGAUCCAUUAAGGUGGUACUUAUUGGGAAACUCUACGAUAGAGGAUGACGGAGAUUUUGCAGAGACAACUCUGUCCCAGACAAGGCAGCUGUUGAGCUCCAAGUGGGGUAAUCUGAUUCACAGGUGUGGAGGUACCAAAUUUAACGUUAAACGAGCUGUGAGGAAAUUCUAUGGUAAAUCGCAUACUAGUCUUCCUAUCUUAUAUAAUAAUUCUGAAAUCCAAUCCCUACUUUCAAAACUAUCGACGCUUGUUAACGAUUUGGAUCUGAUGAUACAAAACUACGAAACCGCAAAUGCUGUAAGACAUAUCUGGUCUAUUAUAAAUCAUGCAAAUAAUAUUGUACAACUUGGAGAACCCUGGGCUAAACCUGAGGAAGAACAGGACUUGAUAAUAUAUAUUGCUACAGAGGCUGCACGGAUUGCAUCAAUUGUUUCACAGCCAUUAAUACCGGUCCUUUCCAAUGUAUUUUUGGAUAGACUAGAUGUGGAAGCUGAGAAAAGGUCUUUGGAUUAUGCUGUGUUUGGGGCUGACUCAUCUUAUGGAUCCUGUUGCAAUAUUAAAGGUAGAGAAGUCCCACUUCAACGUAAUGGAAAGAUAUGA